AUGGCGAAGCGCAAACUUAACGAGCACGACGUGCCAGAGGAGACAUCGAGCGACGAGUCGCAAUCCGAGCCCCGCAGCUCGCCCGAACCUUCGACACCUGCCGAGACUGCGACUGCGACUGCGACUGCUGCCACAACGACAGUAACACCAACCAAAAAAGCGAAGAGCAAGAAAAAGGCUAAAGCAGCGACUGCCGCCGUUCCUGAAGUGCCCGUCGCUGCUUCGUUCGCCGAACUACAACUCGAACCUCGUCUAUUAAGAGCAAUCCGCGACCUGAAAUGGGCAUCACCGACGGCAGUACAAUCGCAGGCGAUACCGUUAGCUCUAGAGGGACGCGAUAUCCUUGCGCGCUCCGGAACUGGCACAGGCAAGACGGGCGCCUACCUGCUUCCCAUUCUGCACAAGACCUUGCAGCAGAAGGGCCAAUCCCUCAUCCUGGCACCCACACGAGAGCUAUGCUUGCAAAUCGCGACAGUCGCCAAGUCGCUUGCACAACACUGCGGACAAGAGAUUCGGGUUCGCAACAUCGCGGGCAAGGAGGCAGAAGUCGUCACAAAGGCAGCCCUUGCCGACAAGCCAGAGAUUGUCGUCGCGACACCCGCUAGAGCAUGGACAAACAUCAACAGCUCGAAUCUAUCGGUCAGCGACAUCAGGACACUUGUUGUCGACGAGGGUGACCUGAUUAACGGUUACGGAUUCGCUGAGGACAUGGAGAACAUCGCACGUGAAAUACCCGUCGGUGUCCAGAAGAUCGUCCUCUCCGCUACCCUCUCAACCGAUGUCGAGUCGCUCGGUAGCCUGCUCUGCACCGACCCUGUUGUACUCAAGCUUGCAGAUCUCGACAAGGACUCACAAAAAGUAAAGCAAUACGUGCUCAAGGUGGCAGAGGACGAGAAAUUCCUCUUAAUCUACGCAAUGUUCAAGCUCAACUUAAUCAAAGGCAAGACAAUCAUAUUCGUCGGCGAUGUGGACAGGUCAUACCGGGUCAAGCUCUUCUUGGAACAAUUUGCGGUCAAAGCCAUCGUGCUCAACUCCGAGCUCCCACUGGCUUCUCGCACGCACAUUGUUGAGUCAUUCAACACGAACAUGUACAACAUCCUGAUCGCGAGCGACGAGACCGACGUUGUCGGUGUACAGGAUGAAGGAUCACGGCCGAAGAAGAAGGCGAAGAAGGACAAAGAGAGCAAGGACUCUGGUGUUUCCCGUGGAAUCGACUUCCUCAACGUCAGCUGUAUCAUCAACUUCGACUUUCCCGGAAACUACAAGUCAUACUUCCACCGUAUCGGACGUACAGCACGAGCCGGCAAGUCUGGAACUGCCAUCUCGUUCAUCAUCCCCAAGGACAAGUACCGCAAGCACAAGCCGACCACGUUUCCUGGGUGCGAACAUGACGAGAAGGUACUGGCCAGUGUAGAGAAGCACCAACAGGAAGGCCAGAAGCUGGAGAACUACAACUUCGACAUGAAACGCCUAGAACCUUUCAGAUACCGAUUCGCAGAUGCGUUGAAGUCGGUGACCAGGAUCGCUAUCCGCGAGGCUCGAAUCAAGGAAAUCCACAUGGAGCUGGCCAAGUCGCAGAAACUCUCGCGGUACUUUGAAGAGAACCCCGAAGCGCUCGCACAUCUCCGCCAUGAUCAGACUCUGAACCAUCCCGCGAGGAUACAACCACAUCUCAAGCACGUCCCAGACUAUCUCCUGCCAGGUGGAAAGAAGCCUGAGGAUGUUGGCUUCGUGGGUCUGAACAUACCGAAGGUGAGGAAACAAUAUAACAAGGGCAAGGGCAGGAGGGUAGUACGAAGGAAUGGCAAGGUUGAUCCAUUGAAGACAUUCAACGCGAGGGGUAAGGGAAAGAGAUAA